CCCGCCCCAAGCCGUGUCGCAGCUCCGGCUUCAGAGACCUCUUCUCGGGCCGCGUUACCGAUGGUGAUACCUGGGAGAGCGAUGGCCACUUUCCGCUUGGCCCUCAUCCAGCUUCAGGUUUCUUCUGUCAAAUCAGAUAACGUCACUCGAGCCUGCGGCCUCGUCCGGGAAGCGGCAACACAAGGAGCCAACAUCGUUUCUCUGCCAGAAUGCUUUAAUUCUCCAUAUGGCACGAAAUAUUUUCCUGGAUAUGCGGAAAAAAUUCCUGGUGAAUCCACACAGAAGCUUUCUGAAGUAGCAAAGGAGUGCAGCAUUUAUCUCAUUGGAGGUUCUAUUCCUGAAAAGGAUGCUGGGAAAUUAUAUAACACCUGCACCGUGUUUGGGCCUGAUGGAACUUUACUGGUAAAAUACAGAAAGCUCCAUCUGUUUGACAUUGAUGUGCCUGGGAAAAUUACAUUUCAAGAGUCUGAAACACUGAGUCCAGGUGAUAGUUUCUCCACAUUUGAUACUCCUUACUGCAGAGUGGGCCUGGGCAUCUGCUACGACAUGCGCUUUGCAGAGCUCGCACAAGUCUACGCACAGAGAGGCUGCCAGCUGUUGGUAUAUCCCGGAGCUUUUAAUAUGACCACUGGACCAGCCCACUGGGAGUUGCUUCAACGAGGCCGGGCUGUUGAUAAUCAGGUGUAUGUGGCCACAGCAUCUCCUGCCCGGGAUGAUCAGGCCUCGUAUGUUGCCUGGGGACACAGCACUAUUGUGAGUCCUUGGGGGGAUGUCCUUGCCAAAGCCGGCACCGAAGAGACCAUCGUGUGUUCAGACAUAGACCUGAAGAAGUUGGCUGAAAUACGCCAGCAAAUCCCCAUCUUUAGCCAGAAACGAUCAGACCUCUAUGCAGUGGAGGCGAAAAAGCCCUGAGGUUUAUGUUUCUAACAUGUCACGGAACAGGAGGAUAUGUUUCUGCAAUGUAAUCCUCUCCCUGAUGAAUUCUUCAGAGUUUUUUGUUUUGUUUUGUUUCAUUUUUUAAAUUCAGCUUUUUCCCUUCCUGGGAACUCUCUAAUGAGAUGGUGGAGCAUCAGCACAGGGUACUUUUCACACCAUAUUAAAUAGUUAAAAAGGACUCGGCCUCUGGCAUUGAGAGGAGGAGGAAGAGAGGAUGACUGGACACCUUCUAGACUAGGUUGCCUCCUAGUAGUUGGUAACAGUACCAGACCUUGGUAUCCAGGUUGACUCACGUGGUACAAAUAUGUUUGUGUCACACACGCCUCUUACCUCAUUGCUGGGGUUGGGAGUCUGUUAUGGAGAAACCUUGGUCUAGUGCUAGUGCUCUUCCGAGGAGGAUAUUCAAGUUACGUUUUUAGCCUGUGCGCAGCCGUGGGGAGCAAGGCAGUGGACCCUUGGUGUUUGCUGGAGGAGAUAGCAGUCCCAGUCCUUCCUAGCUGCCUGGGGGGUUCUUUCUUCAAAUUCAAGAAGGAGCUAAUGAAUCAAGCCCAUACCCUCCUGGUCUUAGGGGAAGGGUUGUGUCAACUGCGAGUCCUACGGGAGAAUGGCAGUGGUGGCGUUUGGUCAAGGCAGCUAAAGAUGAGCCUCUGCAAAAGAUUUUCUUAACGGGGUGAGUGCCUGAAAAUCUCUUUUUGUUUUUCUCCCUAGUAACACUUUCUAGCUUGAGAAAGGCAAAUGUUUAGCUGGAGGUUUUUCAGUAUCCUUUUCCACAAUUAAAAGUUAAGAAUUCCAGUGCACUUUAUUUUUAUGUUAUAUGUUGGGCUGGUAAACGUUUAACAACCAGCUGUCCCCCCAAAAGCCCUGAUUUUGCAGUAGCAUUUGCCAGUUUCCAUGGUGUUAAUACUUUUGCCCUGUGGCCAAGGUUCAGACUAUCAGUACAACACCUCUAAACAGAGCUGGAAAUAAAAGCACAGUUGGCACUCAUGAGUUGGGGCAGUCCUGCUCUCGCACACCACUGUUUCCAUAUAUAUUUACCAUCCUGGAAAAUAAAAUAAAAUUUUAAAACAAAAGAAUGCAUGAGCACACAUUUUAUUAGCUGUGAGAGUGACGACACUAUCAUGUCAUUUAACCUUUGGAAACCAGCAUUGUAUACUCAGAGUAACACAGGAGUGAAAAAGGGAAAUGACAUUUUAAAAUUAUGUGUAUUAUUCGGUAAAAGUUGACACAUGUAUAUAUCCAUGAAACCACUCUAAUCAAGGUGAUGAGCAACCCUCACUCCCCCCGGCCUCCCCCAACCCCCAGCAGUUUUCUUGUGCUCUUGUAUGGUCCUGUCCAGCUACUCCCCUGAUUAGAUGCGUCACUGUAGGUGAGUUUGAAUUUUCUGUAAUUACUAAGUGGAAUCACGCCAUGUAUAUACUUUGUGUCAUCUUUCAGUCAUCGUGUUUGGAGACUCAUCCCUGUGUGUAUCACUCAUUUCUUUUGUUUUGCUUAUUGGCAGUCCGCUAUAUGGAUACACUGUAAUGGGAUAGUUUUUGGGUCUCAGAAAUAAAGCUGCUAAAAACAU